UAAGCCGCCACACGACACUCGCCACUCGCCCCCAUCGCUGCAUCUAGCUCACACCUCCUCAAUCCAGUCACGCCUCUAACAAGAACGCUGUACAAUCCAAUCUAUAAUGGCUUCCUCGACUAUCUUUCCGAGCUCUUCAGCUUUCAUCAAGAAAGAUGUGAGUUUGUCAGCCUUCUCUUCUCAGCCUUCAUUUUGUUUAAAGAGUUCUAAGAAAAGGGUCUGCAAGAAAAUUGCAUCUGUGAUGGCACCACAACAAUCUGAACGCAAGCCAUCCACAACUGGUUCAGUCAAAACCGGGUUGACCUUGACUGAGAAGAUACUAGCAAGGGCUUCAGAGAAAACCCAGUUGGUCCCUGGUGAGAAUGUGUGGGUGAAUGUUGAUAUUUUGAUGACCCAUGAUGUUUGUGGCCCUGGUGCCUUUGGAAUUUUCAAGAAAGAGUUCGGAGAAAAUGCUAAGGUCUGGGACCGUGAAAAGGUUGUUAUCAUUCCAGAUCAUUAUAUAUUCACCACUGAUGAACGAGCAAAUCGUAAUGUGGAUAUCUUGAGGGAUUUCUGUACUGAACAAAAUAUUAAAUACUUUUAUGAUAUCAAAGAUCUUGGGAAUUUCAAGGCAAAUCCAGAUUAUAAAGGCGUAUGUCAUGUAGCUCUUGCUCAGGAAGGUCAUUGCAGACCUGGAGAGGUCUUGCUGGGUACAGACUCACACACAUGUACUGCUGGAGCAUUUGGUCAGUUUGCAACUGGAAUUGGCAAUACUGAUGCAGGUUUUGUGCUGGGUACCGGAAAGCUCUUGCUUAAGGUGCCUCCAACUUUGAGAUUUGUCAUGGAUGGUGAAAUGCCUGAUUAUUUGCUUGCAAAGGAUUUGAUUUUGCAAAUCAUUGGUGAAAUAUCAGUGGCCGGUGCAACAUAUAAAGCUAUGGAAUUUGUUGGUACUACUGUUGAAAGUUUAACAAUGGAAGAGAGAAUGACAUUAUGCAACAUGGUUGUUGAGGCUGGGGGCAAGAACGGUGUUGUUCCAGCUGAUAAUACCACAUAUAAGUAUCUUGAGGAAAAGACAAAUUUGCCGUAUGAGCCAGUCUAUAGUGAUGGACAAGCAAGAUUCCUUCAAGAGUACAGAUUCGAUGUCUCAAAGUUGGAGCCUUUGGUGGCCAAGCCUCAUUCUCCUGAUAAUCGUGCUUUGGCUAGAGAAUGCAAAGACGUGAAAAUUGACAGAGUAUAUAUUGGAUCUUGCACUGGUGGAAAAACUGAGGAUUUCAUGGCUGCUGCCAAAGUUUUCCUUGCUUCAGGGAAGAAGGUCAAAGUUCCAACAUUCCUUGUCCCUGCUACACAAAAGGUCUGGAUGGACGUAUAUAGCCUUCCAGUCCCAGGAUCGGGUGGGAAAACUUGCUCGCAGAUAUUUGAAGAAGCUGGAUGUGACACACCUGCAAGUCCGAGUUGCGGUGCUUGUUUAGGUGGACCCCGGGAUACUUAUGCACGCAUGAAUGAACCUCAGGUCUGUGUUUCAACGACAAAUAGGAACUUCCCGGGUCGUAUGGGUCAUAAAGAAGGACAGGUUUAUCUAGCUUCUCCUUAUACAGCUGCAGCAUCAGCAUUGACUGGCUUUGUGACAGACCCAAGAGAGUUUUUGCAGUAAGGUCUUCAAUGCCUGUCAUGAUUAUAUAUGUUACCACCUCGGAUUUUGAUCCUUAGCUGAAACAUUGGCUUGUCAUGAUCUGUUAAAUUUGUUACUAUUACUUUGUGAGUUUGCUCAACUGAUAUUCUAGAACUUUGACAGAAACAAGUCUUAGUCCUCUACUACUAUGUUGUAACGUGUAAUACUUCAAUAAGAAUGUCAGUCGAACAAGUCUUGAUGCCAUGAAUGUUAAUUUCUAGAUUAUGAGCAUUCAUUAGAUCUUCUGUCA